AAACAUGUGUUAAAAAAUGCCAAAACGAGAUAAUAAUUGAUAGCAAUUUGAAGUAAAGGCUAAAAAGAUGUCAUUUUCUCUGUGUUUGUCUUAACUGUAAAACUAUUCAUUUGUGUCGAUCUGUCAAUCGAUGAGACAAUGGUUUACAUCAAUUCACGCGGUCAAAUCGAGGACAAGAGGUCCUUGAGUUGGUCCACACCUUUGGAGCUGUUGUUAGCUUUCUUCAACUUCUUAAUCUUCUUUCCUCCCAAUCCAGUGGUCGAAGAGAUGGUCGCGGAGGCGGUGGAGGAGGAGGUAGUGGUUGGGGAGGCGGAGGGGGUGGUGGCGGCGGUCGGACGCCGGGACAGUCUAACGUGCGAACCCUCGGUCGAUGCGGUGGACCCAACGCCCCGCCCGCUGCCGGCGGAUGAGGUUAAGGACCGAGUCGUCGAUUGGUAG